UGCUUAGCAGCCUCAUGAGCUUCUACUUCUCAGUGACUGGCCUCGGAGAGGUAGUGGUGUGACCCCUGGGCGUCAUUCAUAUUGAAGGCCACGCACUGAAUAUAAUCAACCAGUUGCAACACAAAGUGCAGUGUAGAGGUCAUUCUGAGAACCAAGAAGACGGCUAUCACAGAGAACAGUACUACUGAAUGCUUUCUCGCUCUUAUUUCUUUUCGCUCUAGCGGCCAAUUCUUGACCGCUCAUUUAUUACUUGCUUGUAGCAGCGUUUGAAAUAACCACCACCAUCAUCAUCAACAACACCAGCCAGUGCACUGCACGUUCUCACGCGUUCUUCGCGAGGAACCUCUUCUCGUGCCGUGUUCCCGGUCUGGUUUUGUGCGCUCCAGAGCACAGUUGGCUUCGUCGCAUACAUGGAAGACCAGGGCGCCGACGCGGGCAGCAAGCGCCGGAAGUCUUCGCUUCACAAGAGCCAGAAGCAGCCCUCAGCCAGAGCCGUGGCAAUGAGGGCGUCCAUAGUGCCCGAACCAGAAGUACGCGUCAUCAGCCCACCGAAUAAACUCAGUUUCGACGAUGGACAGCAACCUGAGACAGAGGGCGCCUCCACUUCCGGCGUCACUACCCAUCCGGAAUAUUCCAGGCGGCGCAGCUCAUCGGUUCGUAGCCUCAGGGAAAGCAGCGGAGGCGCGAAGUUCGGGGAAAUGUCCAGGCGACGCAGCUCACCUGUCGGUAGCCUCAACGAAGGCAGCGGAGGCGCGAGGAGAAUGUCUGCUGGGUCCGUUUUGGAAAUUCCUUCCUCGCGUCACUCAAAGAAGGGGCCAAAUGUCGCGGAUGGCGGCGCGACUUCCCCGGACCUAAAAGGCAAUGUUAUAGUGGCGCCUGCGGAAUUGAUGUCGCUUCGCCGGUCCACAGAGAGGAACAACAACAAGCGUCAAAGUACUACUUUUAAAACCUCGUUGUCGUCGUCGUCGUCGUCCUCAUCCUCAUCCUCGAAGAGCAAACGGACCAUACACGAAGAAGCCAAACAGGAAGCGACUGCUGACGCACACGCUGAAAAAGAUGCUACCAAACCUGGAACGAGCAGCUCUUCGGGAAAGACUCGCUGGACAGCAACGGCUUCGACAACUGGACUGCCGGUGACCGAAGCUGAACAUAGUGCGGCGGCUGGUCACACGGAACCGAGGCCAAGCUCCUAUGCAGCCAGAUCCAAGGGCCAGCCCGAGAAGGACGCGAACGCCAAAGCACAGGCCGAGAAAGGUCAUGCCAAGCCCAGAACAAGCAGCUUUUCAGAAGCGACACGUAGAGCAUCGACGGCUUCGACAACUGGACCGUGUGCACUAGGAGCUGCAGUGUCCGAGCCACAGGACGAAGUCGGACCUGCUGCCCCGGCGCCCGUGACUGCUAAGAUCACCGGGACAACAGUUGAGCCUGCCUCCACGAAGGAAAGCCACCAGUCUUCGUCAUCGACAACAAUGCCUGGCGUGACGGCGUCCAAGGACCAUGCGUCGUCUAGAUCCCACAAAAGACGGGCUUCCUCGAGCAGACGGGAUUUCUCAAGACGGGUUUCCACAAGCACGGCAUCUGAUGGUCCAGCUGUAGCGGCGGUGAGCCAUGGCCAAGCUCCUGCUCAUGCACCGGGAGAGGAGGAGGUGAUUUCCAAGGCGCCAAGUUCGGCGCUGGCUCCACAUAGCAAACCACCGGACACAACGAUUGCUGCCUCGACGACCAGAUCUCAAAACUACCCGUCUUGUUCGGUCGCCGCCGCGGUUGGCAUUGCCAUUCCUGCAGUGAACCAGGAAGUUUUCGUUCCACAUACGUCGCGUAACGGGAAGGCCACCGAUGCGGCGGCCUAUGCUUCGGUUCCGUUGAAGGUCCAGUGCGCCGCCCCGUCUGCGACGUCUAGCAGCGAGGACGACAAGAUGGCGAGCCGAGACAAGGACGUGGCCGGAGGCGGGAAGGCUGCCGUGGAUCAGCAAACGCACCAGCCACCAGCCCGCCGGGAAGAACCGCAUCAUCAGCCACCGGAGUUAGCGCAAACGGAUCGCAGAAGACUCGAUGAACAAAAGCGAGGUGUGCCGAAGGAGGGUAAGGCAGACGACACGGGGAUAUCUACAGGGCCGGCCAACGAAACGCACCUGGCGUCCCCCGUGGAUGCUCAAGGGAAGGCUGCCAUCGGCUCCACGGGUCAAUGGUCAUUUUAUGAUGUUCCGGCAGAUCUGCGUCUGGCACGCAUCGUCUACCGGGAGUGCCAUCGAUACGCGUCGGCGAGUUCCGACCCGGCCGCGUUCGCUGCAACGCUCGAGUCGGCGCGGAGCCAGCUGAAAUGGACCGAGAUCCGCGACUCGAGCAGCUACGACAAGCUCGUCGAGCUCCUGGUGCGGACGUCGCUGCUCGUCGGUUUCCACACGGUGCUCAUCAUCGAACUGCUCACCGAGGACAGCGACGCCGUGCUGCGGCUUUCGAGCGGAACUUCGCUGCUCCAUAAACUCACGACCACCGGUGACCGCCGCGAUCUGGUGUCCAGUCUGCGAAGCGUCGGGAAAUACGAUGACCAGGGCCUCAACACGAUCCUGGAGAUGGACGACCUCGUCAAGGGCCCACUUGACGCCAACCGCUACUCCACUCGAAGUGCGGAAGAAGGCGACGUGAAUGGGCCUUUGGAGGAGUUUCUAGACGAGCUCGUCCCCGACGUGAACGCGACAGCAUGGGCCGGAAAGGUUCAAGAUGUGCUUGUGCGUUUUGGAAAGAAAGGUUUGUUCUUGUCGGACAUCGCUAUAGCCAAUGAAGCAACUGGCUUCCGGUGGGCGUUCCGCGAAAUGACCUCCAAUGGCGGCAUCCAGCAAACCGCGUUGUACCUGGCCUCGCAUCUGGAUGCCGAAAUACUCUCGCUGGAGCUGUCCAGAAGCCGCCUGUCCCUAGAUCCCGAAGACCAGGAGCGAUACUGCGUUGCCCUUGUGCAGAGGACCUUGGCCUCCUUGUGGCCGCGGUUCGUGGCAAGCGCCCUACAGUUUCGCCGAACUGAGGACGUCGUCGAGGCCAUGUUCGACCAACUGAAAAAGACAUCGCCCGACACCGCCAUGUUCAAGUGGCUCCCCACGUCGUUGCGCCGGGCCGCCCAAGAGAAGAUCAGGACGGUGGGACUCGUCGUUACCUCCCGAGAUGUGUCGAGACGAGACUCCCAUCGACACAGCGACGCCUGGUGGACUCGAGGAGCGCUGCGUCAGUACCGAAUCAGCGCCGCGUGCCUGGAACGGCUGCACAGCCACCUGGGUCUGCAGCGCCAAGUCAGCGGCGGCAGCGGCGAGCGGCAGCGUCACGAGAUGGUGCUCCGCGCCCAGGGCCUGCGGCUCGCGUAUGACGCCCUGGUGGCGAGCUACGGCAGAUCGGCGGCCGGCCGCAACUUUCGGAAGCAGUGGCCCGAGGCUCAGGCGGCGUUCUUCGCCCGCUUCUGCCUGCUCUCCUGCGACGCGGACCAGAGCCCGAGUCCGCUGUCUCCGCGCGCCAACUGCCUGCUCCCGCUGCACAACAUGCCGGAGUUCGGCGGCGCCUUCGGCUGCACUUCUCAGGAGGAAUUCGUCACACAGCAGUGCCUGCCUUAGGAAAUGAGCAGCCGCGGAUUACAGAAACUGAACCGCGCCCCAAUCUGAACUUUGGGCACAUGGUGAUUUCAAACUUAACCACGUGAACUGUGCAUACAUAGCACCACACUUACGCCUUCUUUAGCGAUUAGUAACUGUGCCUCAAGGACGUUUCGAUGAAGUUUUUCGUGCCACGAUAGUUAUACCACUUUCAAGCAUUAGCGUCCAUUGAGCGACCAGAUUUUACUGCGUAGUUGGCCCGCAAGUCACGCUUCAGCAUCGCUUCUUUUUUAGGGACAGCCUUUUUACAUUCUGGACGAAUGGCUGGUAUUCCUGGAGCGCCUUCUCGCUGUUGCGCAGUUUCACAUGCUUUCGAAAGCCGUCUCCAUUUGUAGGGAGAAUUUCUUCAUUUUGUUGGUCUCUCAUGCACAGCACCCCUUGCGGGCUGUGAUUGUUGAAGGCUUGAAGGUACUGCAUGUUUAAAUGCGAGCAGAUUUAGCAGGUCCUUACACGUAUUGUUGCUGCGCGCCGGGUUGUGUUCUCCAGUGCGUGCGAUAUUUGGUGCACGCAUAUUCGUCGCUCUCAUGCUGAAUUAUGCCUUAGUCAAAGAGCGGAUUUCAGGAGUCACCAGUUUCGUUUGGAGUGCGGGAUGAUGGCGGUAGCUGCAAUAAACGGUAGUCCUUUGAUUACUAA